UUGCUCCCCGGCUGUGUGCGUGAGCGUUCCUUUGGAAGUUUGACUUCCUAGCACUUGGUGUGGAGUUGUCAUUUUGGCUAUGCCCAGCUCCCCUCCACAUCGGAUUUUCUGGAGGGCAGAGACACUUUGGAAACUUAGGGUUUAGCUGGAAACGCGGUGGUGUCAAGAAAAGUAUAUGCCUCAGGAACAGUACACGCACCACCGGAGCACCAUGCCCAGUGCUGAGGGGCCACAGGUAUACAAAGUGGGGAUUUAUGGCUGGCGGAAGAGAUGCCUAUAUUUCUUUGUCCUGCUCCUCAUGAUUUUAAUACUGGUGAACUUGGCCAUGACCAUCUGGAUCCUCAAAGUCAUGAACUUCACAAUUGAUGGAAUGGGGAACCUGAGAAUCACAGAAAAAGGCCUAAAGUUAGAAGGAGAUUCAGAAUUCUUACAACCUCUCUACGCCAAAGAAAUCCAGUCCCGACCAGGUAAUGCCCUGUACUUCAAAUCUGCCAGAAAUGUUACAGUGAACAUUCUCAAUGACCAGACUAAAGUGCUAACUCAGCUGAUAACAGGUCCAAAAGCUGUAGAAGCUUAUGGCAAAAAGUUCGAAGUAAAAACUGUUUCUGGAAAAUUGCUCUUCUCUGCAGAUGACAACGAAGUGGUAGUUGGAGCUGAGAGAUUAAGAGUUUUAGGAGCUGAGGGUACAGUGUUCCCCAAAUCUAUAGAGACACCUAAUGUCAGGGCAGACCCCUUCAAGGAACUAAGGUUGGAGUCCCCAACCCGAGCUCUAGUGAUGGAGGCCCCAAAAGGAGUAGAGAUCAAUGCAGAAGCUGGCAAUAUGGAAGCUACCUGCAGAACAGAGCUCAGACUGGAGUCCAAAGAUGGAGAGAUUAAGUUAGAUGCCGCGAAAAUCAAACUACCUAGACUGCCUCAUGGAUCCUACACACCUACAGGAACGAGGCAGAAGGUCUUCGAGAUCUGCGUCUGCGCCAACGGGAGAUUAUUCCUGUCCCAGGCAGGGACUGGUUCCACUUGUCAGAUAAACACAAGCGUCUGCCUUUGAAAGACUAUCCAUAGUGGACACUGUCGGCGGCAUAAAGGCCCUUUUUGGCUUUAGACUCUGGCUGCCAGCUAUUUUUACUAGAACACAGAAAGCCUAUCAAAGACCUUUUGUGUGUGCGAGUGCGCGCGCGUGUGUGUAUGUGUGUGUGUUUGCGUGCAGGGGUGAAUAUAAAUAUAUAAAUAUAUAUAUAAAUAAAUAUAUAUAUCCUCUGUAUAAAAUGAGGUUUCAGUACAAAAGGAACCAUGGGUGACCCUGUGAUACCCACAGUCAUUUUCCAUCCCAUCUUCAUCGCCUCCAUGGCAACAUGUGGACGCUAAUUCAGGCCCAAUCUUCCCCCAAACCAUCCAGAAUCACCCAGUCUGUUGUGUACUUACAGGAUAUUCAUCCCCAUGUUUAUGUGACAACGUAACUUCUCCUUUAAGUGUCAUUACAGGGCAGCAAUGGCGGGAAUCUCCAAGUCACGCUCCAACGUGGGAUCCCUGUUUGAAUAAAAAUCAACAUUUGUUUGCCUUUUGUAGCUUUAGCAAGGCUAUCCAACUCCCCUCCCCCGCUGAAGUUAAGGAUGAGGCAUGACCACAGAAGCUAGCAACAAGUACUCCAAACAGCUCCCUUUUUGCACUCAUCUUUGCUGCCAAAAGUAUUGGGGUCCUUUUUCAAUUGGAUGAAUGAGGAGAAUGGGUUUUUGCAAAUUUUGAACUGUUUACCCAACUUCUGUUAUCUUACUUUCUUGAAACUCAAAUUGUCUGUCACAGUCAAAAUAGGAGUUGUAAAUCAGCACAAAAUAGGAUAACAGCUGCUCCUCAGUUGCUAGAGGCUAUUCAAUGGUCUGACAGGCAAAGAAUAAAUGGGUGACAUGUCUCUGUUUGAAGAAAAAAUGACUCAAAAGCUAUUAUGUCCAGCAGACUCCAAUCCAAAACGAUGAAGUCAAAAUACCUUAGUGUGGAAUCCCUACCCCAAGAGAAUCCCUUCUGAAGUAGAAGUCUGUGAGUAUCAUUGGGAACCUAAUUAGUUUCGUAUGUUUCUUGGAGUUGGUAAGCAAUUUAGAGACAUGCUUGUAUUUUUAAUUGGUACACAACUUUGAUACAAGCUUUUCUUCCUGAAGGCAUACACCGACUCUCUGGCUUUGAUGUACUUAAUAUUUUUUCAGGGCUAUUAUAUUCUUAUUCCUAAACCCAUUUCUCUAUUUUCUCCAAGAUUGACAGAUCCAUAGUACUACACGCUAUCAGAGUAGCUCACUAGAAGUUAAACUACACUGAGUCGAAUGUCCUUAUCACAAUCACUGUGUCUCUGGGGCCAGUAGCACCUGCUCCCCUUUAGGCGGAAGCAGCCUCAGUUCCCGCCAUCAGCUACCUCUCAUCAGCUCACCUUCAUCGUCUUGCUCCAGGGUCACCCUGGCCAGCUCUUGUGCUGGGACAGGGGAUUAUACCAUCUCUGUUCAAAGAGGGGGAAAUGUGCCUAUGCCUUAAGUCAAUGCACUCAGCAAGGAGAAGCACAUCCUAUUUAUCUUGUUGUUACUUGUUGUUUAUUUUGAGUGAUUGGAGGGGAAUGGUUUAGCAAUGACUGGGCAUCUGAAAAGCUGGUAGACAAACCAAAUCAUUGACAGAUGUGGAUUCUAUGGAGUCCGGAAUGGAGGUAUAACUGGCUCAGGCAAGUCUGGAUGCCAGUUGGCAGGAGUGGCCCCACAUUCCUAAAUGAAGAAUUUGUAGUCCUGGAUGGCAUCUUUCCCCUUGACAAAGUUUGAGUUUUCCUUACUUCACAAGCAGGGGAAGGCUUAUCAGGGAAGGUGAAUGCUGUUUUAAGAUGGCCCUCACCCAUUAGGCUGCACACAUGAGAUGUAAAAGAAGUGCUGUGUUGCUUGGUUGCUUACAAAUGGCGGGAGGAGGAGCAAGGGAGAGGACUCCUAGCCUCAAUAGUGCUGCUGCAGGCUUCCAGAUCCCAGGCUUGCUCCAAUCACUCAGUGUCCCUUGCAGAAGAAUUAAGUUGGCCAAUCUUAGGGCAAAGCCAUAAGGUUGCUUAGUGUAAAGCACUAGGGUUAAAAAAGGAAAAUCCAUCAUAAAAGGUAUCAGGAUACCCUGGUUAGUAUCAUUAAUAUCCUGUGGGGGCAUACUGCCAGAGACUGUGCGUUUCACACAUAGAAUGGAUUUUUGCAAGCCAGAAAGACCCUCCUUGGCUACUGGGAGCAUCAAUCCCAUUUCUUCCAGAUACACAAUAAUAGCUCUGAGGUCCUUCGAGGCUAACUACCUUAGGAUGGACCUUCUUUGCGCUUUGCUCUCUUGAGAACAUCACAUAUGGAUGACGAGUAAGCAGAAAGUUCCAGAUUUUGUUCUAAUAAUUACAAAAAAAGUCAGCAGCUUGGAAUUUUAUGCCAAUAUAAAAGAGAGUCGUGUGAUCCCACUUGCAAAAUUUAAUCAUAAGGGAAAUUAUAUCACAACUAGAAUAAAAUAGCAACCAAGAAAAUAAGGCACCUUGGAGGACAUACAUGACAUAAAAUUCUGUUUUUCAUUUAUGCUAAAGGAUCACAAUAUUCAUCAUGAUAAGCAGAAAAUUUGGUAUGAAUGGAAUUAAGUACUUCUGUUCAGACCUUACACUUCAGUAGAAAUACACUCUGUAUUCUUCAUUGUACAAUUUUUUCUCCCAGUAUCCUCCAACUAGAAUAUUGGCCCAUGGUCAUGAGAGGAAGAUUUACCUGCAUUCCAGACAAAUUUAGCUUUGAAUUUAAAGUGUGCUAACCUCUAAUUUUAAGAAAAAUCAGAGUCUUUCUAAUCUUUAUAUGUAAUGUCUUCUAGACAAUCACACAUUUGGGUACAUUAAGCAGCUCAUGGUAUAACACCGAGUAUAAAUGAAUCUUCAAUAUACUAGCAGUUCUAGUAUGUUAAUGUUUUUCUGAAGAGUUUUGUAAAUUAAAAAUUGAUCUCCAAAUAUGUUUAGCAUUUAGUUCUAUUUGGUGUCCGCUUAAUAUGUCAUAAAAGCUUCAUCUUGGAAAACUAUUCAAGUAUGACAAAGGUUGUCCAAAGCCCUCACCAUGGCAUCUACUUAAGAUGGCUUAAGAACUCUUCUGUUCCAAGGACAGAUUUCAUAAGCUCAAAUUGGCUUUUAGCUUCCUUUAGGUCAUCUUCCCUUUGGGCAGUUUUCCCUGCAUGUCCAGGAACCACUGAUCAAAGAUUUGAGGUUUGCCUCUAGAGCAGAAAUGAGCAAACUAUAACCUGGAAACCAAUUCUGACUCAACACCUGUUUUGUAAAUAAGUAAAUGCAUUCACGUACAGGUUUUCAAUGAUUAAUUUCACACUACAAUAGAAGAGUUGAAUAACUGUCUUCGAGACUUGCAUGAUCUGUAAGGCAUAAAAUCAGUCUAUGUGACUUUACAGGAAAAGUUUGCUGAGCCCUGACCUAGAGGUUUUGGGUGGUAUGUGUUGGAUAUCGCAAAUUAUAUAUACAUAUAUAUAUAUAUAUAUA